GUGAUCAUGGAAGCUUCGUCAUCAGACUACAGUGAUGAAGAAGUGGGGGUGAUAGCCCAAGGUCAAAAACUCUGGGUGAGGGGAGUCAGGCAGCACACAACCUGCGCUGAUAUUGUCCGAGCACUACAAGAUGCCCCUGAAGCGGGUGGUAUGAGUGACCAGGGUGAAUGGGUGCUAGCAGAGCGGUGGCGAGGGGUAGAGCGACCUUUGCCCCCUGACGCACCUGUUCUGCACAUUUUGGCGGCUUGGGGAGAUGCUAGGCAUGAGGUUCGGUUGUCGUUGCGUCGUUUAUCAAGCGGAGGAGAAGAUGACUCGGGAAGGGAUAGCGAUGGCGGGAGUAAGGGAUCCAGAAGACGUCGACGGAGAGAACCCAGAACAGCCACUCCUCCUCCAAGAGCCAAAAGCGAAGACCCUGCCGCCAGACUCGUGUCUAUUAUACAAUAUCAGAGCAGAACCAUACACCAACAACUCGACAAGUUAAGAGAGCAAGAAAAACUGAUAGACCACCUUGAAGAUCAAACUCACAAGAGUCGAAUGGAGAAACACGGAACUAACUACCUUCUGGAAUCUUAUCUUCGCGACAUUGGAAGGUGUAGUGAAGUUAAUGACAGUCAAGCGGGCAACAGCGACAGCGGCGUCGGUGUCGGCAGUGGCACGCCGCCGAGACGACAUACGAAACACAAAUCCCGAAGAGAAAGACACCUCAUGAGAGAGCACUAUUUCACUAAAGAGUUAACAAACAUCUGCCAAGUCAAUUCUGAAAGACUAAUGCAGACACAUACCGACACAGAUUCCGAUGCAUCGGCAGACGACUUGACCAAGAUAAGAGAAGAAAUAGAGCUACUAGAGAAACUAGCGAUCAUAAACAAGAGAUUGCACCGCGAGGAAGAACUAGUGGUGAGACUCACGGCAAAAGUCAAAAGAUACACUGAAGAAAACAAAGCGAAUAGCUGCGAGAGUGUAGCGCAAGUGAUGAUGCUUCUAGAUAAAAUAGACAACGAAUUAGGAACAACAGCAAAGGAGAUGAAGGAUAACGCUUUAGAAUUAGAAAAGACAGAGAAGGAAUUAGAAUGUCGGGUGAAACUUUUAGAUGAACUCACUUUAGAACUGGACGAAGAGGAAUUGCAGAAUGCUGUUUUGGAAAGACAAUUGAACGAAGCUUCCAGCCGACAGCCAAUCCUCCUUCAAGAUAGUUACGUACCGGUUUUAGAGCAGCCAAAUUUCGGAUAUGUUCUGGACACUCUUGUAUGAUAGUAAUUGAACAACGAACUUUGACCCAAAGAUACAUUUCAAAUUACCAUACUUAUUUACUGAGUUAGGAUUAUUUACCCAAAAUCCCAAUGUUUAUUUACCAAGUGUAUAUUCUUUUGUAUAUAAUAUUAAUUACGGUGCUCACGAUCGAACCCCACUGCGAAGUGUAAUCAAACAGAAUUAUUUAAUUAUAUAUACCGUUAUUUUAGAUCUCUGAUUUUAUAUGAUAGAAAUUUUUAGAAUAACUUUUAUAAAAUAAACCAGUUGACGACAAUAAAAAUGAUUACAAAGUAAUUAGACUAAAGAUCCGAUUCUACUUUAGGUAUUAAACAUGAUUAAAUUACGAUGCCAAAUAUAUAUUAAACCACCAAGUUAUAGUAAGCUAGGCCUAGUCAACAUUCGAAUCAAUAACUGUUAGCUCAUUUUUUACUUUUCAUAAACAUUAAUCGUACAAAGUUUUACAUAAGGCAGUCCAAAGGUCUAUACAAUCAAUGUUCGAAAUUUUCUCAGCGAAUUGUUAUUAAAAUAAAAUGUCAUCUGGAUGCUGGAUGGCAAAAUUAAUGCUACGGAAAUAAUUAAAGCCAGGCAUUAUAGAAAUUGCAAAUGUCACUCUACUACGGACGGAGCAAAAGUCGUUCAAUUUUCGAACAUUUAAAUUGUGCCCUUGUUGCAAUAUUUGUGUAGAAUAAUGAAUAAAUUGAAUAGAAAAAUGUAAUGUGUCAUAAGAGUAAGGGCCAAACCUGUUCGAUAGAGGCCGUUGACCUCCAGGUCAACUCAUGUUACAUUGCAUGCAGUAGUACUUAACAAUGCCGUAACGGAACUUAAUAAACUCGCAAGCCGUUCUAUUCAUAUAGUCUUGUGGCGGAUUGUAAGAGCAAUACAGCCAUUGGCAGCGACUUCUACACAGAUUGAUAUAGUCUGUGGUAAAGGAAAGGAAAAGCCCGCCAAAAUUUAAACGUGUCAAUUUACAUUCGUAAUAUUCUAAUUGUAAAUGUUAUCUAAAAUAUUGUUAUUUCACGUUAGAUACUUGCAAAUAAUUCUGUUGUCUAAUUAAACCUUGACAUAUAUGUGUUACGUCGACAUACCCCCAAAGUCUCAUUUUUAUUGUAAUAACAUAUUUGACUGACUUCUUAUAAAGGCUUUAUAAAGCUCCGAUAACUAAUAUGAAUCAAACCAAUAUUAUUAUUAAGUAUCACCAGCAUCUAUUUUCCUUUUCGGGAUCAGUUGGAGUGUAAUCAUGUUUAUUUUAUUAAAAUGAGCUAUCAUAUUCUGUAACCAUAAUGUUAUUCUUGGUGCUAUAAUUAUAAUACUUUAAUAUUAGAAAAUUUCAAACAAUAUGUAACAAAACCGUCCAAAUAUUUUAUGUUAAGUAAAGUGUAUCGAAAUCUUGUAUAGAAUAAAACAAAGAUUUAUAAAGACGCAUUUAUUUUAUUUUACCGAUACAUACACAGCAAAUAAUUAAAAGACAAAAAAACUAUUACAUAUUUUCUUUAUGAGAGUGCCUUGACCAGUGCCCAGAAAUUAUUGCUUUUUUUUCUGACAAAAUGAAGCUUGAAUCUUUUUGCUUGUGGUGAAGCUGAAUUCUUAACAUAUAUAAUACUAUCAUAGAAAAUAAAACCAAUUUUUCAACAAUACACUUCAAUAUAAGAUGAGAGUCAACAAAUACCCGUUGCUAUUCCCAAAGAUAAAUUUGCAAAAUAAAACUGUUCGUCGCUCAGAUCAUCCGAUAUUCUAUUCAGAGUAAAUGUAGUAUAAUAAUGCUCUCUUAAGUCAUGCUCUGUUGAAUUGUUUUUGAGAGAAGUGGUUUCAUUUUUAUAAUUAUUUUUUUAGGUUUAUUUGACAGACUUAAUGUUUUCUAAGUUACAAUGGCGUGUAGUUAAAACUAUAUUAUCCACUGAAAAAUGCUUAUCGAAUAUAGUUAAUACGUAAACUUACGUAAUAUUUCCGAAAUGCACUAGAUUCAAAGAGCAAAAUGAAACAAUCAAAAGGCAUUUUAAUUUUCCCAAAAUAUGUCAAACUUCAAAUUAAUUAUUAUAAGAAUGGUAUGUACAGCAAUCAUAAUUUUAUAUAUAUUGCUAAUUAGGACUGGAAAGUUCCCUGUUUAAAUUUAAUCGAAGGCAAAAUUACGGGUGAAACAACUCUAGUAUUACUAUUUCAGAAAUUAUAUCACAUCCUCUAUUAGAACUUUGAAAUUUGGUUGAGAUUCAUUGAAUAUCCAAAUCAUUUUUAAUAGGCUGAUUGACUAUUCCCGAGAAAUAUCUCCAAAUAUAAUGUUCCGCCCUAUUUCUGCCGUGUAGCAGUAAUGCGUUUCGGUUUGAAGGACGGGACAGCCGUUGUAACUAUACUGAGAACUCAUCUCAAGGUGGGUGUUGGCGUUUUAGAUGUCUAUAGGCUCCGGUAAGCACUUAACACCAGGUGGGCCGUGAGCUCGUCCACACACCUAACAAUAAAAAAAUAAAUAUAAAAACCAAAACGCGCUAAACUGUCCUGGUACGCCGUCAUGCUUAUCAAAUCAAAGAGGCAUUUGGAAGUUUCGUCUAAUUCAUGAAUUAAGACAAAUUUUCGACCGGUCAAACGAUGUCUUUAUCCAUUUUUUAAUACGCUUUUAUUAGCUUCAGACGGAUGUAUGUUUGUAACGGAAUCUUUGAAGAUGAUUUUGACCCCAUUCGGAACGUGGAUUAACUCGAAAUUUGGUAUACUUAUUAAGGACCGCUGACAAUUCAAUAUUUAAAAAAAAAA